CGGCGCGCUCCAUGUAUUCGGCAGCUUUGGUUCUUAUCAUCUCCUUGGACUUUGCGUUCUUCUCCCAUUUUAGGGCUAGCAUGAAGAGUUCUAGAGAUUGGUAGUAGAGCUGGUAGGCUUUAUCAUAUUCGGCUGCUGUGUCGGCUUCGAUUGCUUUUUUUACGACGUCUAUUGCUCGUCCCAGGAAGUCGGUAUUUGACAUGGUGGGUGGUUGUGGUGGGGUAAUUGGUUUGAGGUGGGAGAGAUGGCGAGACGUGGAGGGGUGGGUUGUAUAAAGGUGUCGCGAUCUUGAGAUGCCAGUAGGAGGAUAUCGGCUGGGGAGAAAGGUUGGUCGGCACUUGACUAGAUAUCUAAGGGUAGGGGCGGCCUAGGCCUGGUGUUGAAAAGACGCCGCUGUUUCGUAGAUGGUGAGAAUGAAGGUGGGCUUGUUGUUGAUUAGAUAGGUAGCUGCGCAGGAGCCCGUAUUCCAGAUCAGAGGCUGAAUAUCUGCGAGACAAGACCGGAGAGAUUUUAUGCUCGUGAGGUGUUUGGAGGCUGAGGUAGAGUAGAGGUUGUUUAUAACGGAGCGAGUUCUCUUCGGUUGGAGGUCUGCAGGUGUAAUUCGUUGCCUUGCACUUACCCCGCGAAGCACGAGGCCCGCAACGGCGCUAGUGAAGGACCUCUCUCAAUAAAUCGCCAGAUACUUACUUACUGUACUUUGCAAUCUCACACGGGGAAUUUGUGCAACGGGUUACUUGAGACAGAUUGAGAUUCUGCAUCUUCUGUCAACCUUCUUUGAUUAGCCGUUUCGUCGACUCUGCGUGAUUUCUUGAAAAAAACACCUUUCACCCCACCAACACCACUGCAAUGGCAGACAUCCAGCAACGUCUGCAGGCACUGAGUACCGAAUACCAAGCUGUCCAACAAGGUAAACCGCCUGAUACCUCUCAAUAUGUUCAAUUUGUUCUAACAAAUCUAAAAAGAACUACAAACCCACGUCAACUCCCGCCAAAAGCUCGAGUCGCAACAACAAGAAAACCGCGCCGUACAGAAGGUUCGAGACUACCACCGAAGCUAUUCAUCCAACACGGAAAAGAAGCCAGGAAGCUAAGAUCGUGUUCGCGUAGGAAUUCUCAGGACUGAAAGACGAUGCCAAUAUCUACAAGAUGGUCGGACCCGUAUUAUUGAAGCAGGACAAGACCGAGGCGGUUUUGGCGGUUGAUGGGAGAUUGGAAUAUAUUGAGAACGAGAUGUACUUUCCACCUCUUCGUCCUAAUAUCUCGAUAUAUUUGUAAUCUAUACUGAUGUUUUGGCAGUAAGAGAGUGGAGAAACAGAUCAAGGAUACCGAGGAUAAGAGUGAUGCUGUUAGAGCACAGGUAUAAUUCUCUGUUUCUCUUUGAUUUGACAUGGUUUGGAAGUUGUUCGUGAUGCUAAUACGGAGAGAAUAGAUUAUCCAGACACAGUCAGAAGCACAGCCACAAGGUCCAGGGUCUCAGCAGCAGGUUGCGGCUUGAUUUGCAAGAGAAAGAGAUUUUCCUGUGCUUUAGCGGUGUUUUUGGUGUUGCAUUGCGCGGCGUUUAUAUCACAAUGUCCUCAUUUCAAAUUUCAAACAAAUUUCGUAAUGUUCUACUCAUGUCUUUCUGUUGAGUGUUUUGGUUGGUUGUUCCAUUUCUACACUUUGGAAUUCUGAUACCAUCAUGAAUUAAUUUGAUAACUCGUUCUAAGUGGACAUGGGUGUCACAAUCGUUGCGCAUAGCAAACGUGUUGUGCCAUUCACGGAAUUGUGGGCAAAAGCGUCAAGUGAUCUAGUUUUUGCUUGAUGUUUUUGGGGUUUUUUUGCCCUUUUGUCUCUUGGGCUCUUUGGCGUGAUAGGCCUGUGUUCAGAUCAAGAGUUUCGUGUGGAAUCUAAUUUGUCUUCACGUCCACUAUUUCAGGCGAAGAGCAAACUAUUUUCGUCAUAUCUAUCAGAAUUCUGAUCAGAUCAAAAGCAUUGCUGUCUGGAAACACAACUCGAACUUAUUGAUACUCACAAUAGGAAGAAUUUCUUAUUGCAAAAAGCUGUUCAUUCAUACCACUAUCUAAUCAUUACUCAAAUUCUACGACCCAUUUAUCCCAAAA